CACAGCCCGUGCCCAGCCGGUUCAAGAUAAAAAAAAAAUCAAAACGUCAGUGAGAGCUCGAAAACAUUCACUUGAUAUCCGAACGCGCGCCAAGACAGACAUUUUCUGAACCAAGUUUUUAUAGUGCCUGUGGUGUUUUUGUGAAUAGUGGAUUUUUUAUUUGAAUUGAAAAAACAAUAUUUAACACAAUAUGGACGUGGAUAAUGCGAAUUGUAAGAUGAGGGUAUCACAAUGCGCUGACAUGGAACUGCUGCCCAUCGAGAGACCUAUCAAAAUUGACCACGAGAUCACAGGCCUGGAGAAGCUGGUGGAGGAACUGCACGACAUUUUCUCCCGCGACCAUGUGAACGUUCAAGAUGUCCAGAAGCUGAUGCUGGGCUACAAGAGCAACCCAAAAGACUGGAAGAAGUACGCCAAAUUCGACCGUUUUCGUUACACGCGGAACCUAGUAGACGCCGGCAACGGAGCGUUCAACAUCAUGAUCCUCUGUUGGGGAGCAGGACACGCCUCCCCCAUACACGACCACGCAGACUCACAUUGCUUCAUGAAGAUACUCUCUGGAAACCUUGAGGAAGUCAGAUACGACUGGCCGGAACACGUUCAGCCCGAAGUCCUAAAGAAGCUCAAAAACAAGAGCUGCUGCGAUAAAAUGGAGGAUCAAGAUGGCUGCCUGUGUGAAGAAGAUGGCGUAUAUGAUGCGGGCGACAUGAAAGAGAUUGGGAGAGCCAGGCUGUCGCUGAAUGAUGUAUGUUAUAUCAACGACGCCCUAGGCCUCCACCGGGUAGAGAACCCCUCACACGCUGACAGCGCCGUGUCCCUCCACCUGUACUGCCCGCCCUUCGACACCUGUCGCGUGUUUGAUUCCCGGACAGGGAAGCCUACUACCGUUACCACCACCUUCUGGUCUAUCAAUGGGAAGAAAGUGAAACGGGUGAUGGAGGCCAACGAAUGUGCAGACAGCCAGAACUAAAGAACAAUAUAGGAAUAUAACAAUAUACCUACAUUAAUUGGAACAAAGAAUAAAAUGGGACCAAAAACUUUGUAAAAUUUGUAUUAUGUAGGUAAUAAAUAAUAUAUUAUAUGUAGCAAUAUAAGUAAAUUCUAAAGCAGUUUAUGACAAUGGACCAAAAGUCAGUAUUGGAAUUAUACGAAUAUGAUUAAUGAGAAUAAUGAGUUUGAUUCGUGGACAAUGCCAUUUCGAAUGAAGUCCGGCAUUUUGUAAAAUUUUCAUGUUUUUGUACAAUAAAUUAUAACUAAUAAAGAAUAUCGAAUAAAUAAAAUAUAAAUGCUGUCAAAUCAUUCUAUUUGUAAUAUGAAGAAACCAUACAUAUCUUAAAUUGUUGUAAUUUUACUUAUAAAUACGAACGUAAUGUUAGAAAAUACAGUACAAACGGUGUAAUUUUUGUACUCAAUUUUAUAGAUUAUAAGUCAAUAUAAUUUUAUUGUAAAUACUUGUUAAUAGAAAGACUCGUUUUAAGUUUGGUAAUCAAUUUAUAGAUUUUGUCUUAUUUUGUAAUAAGUGUUAAUAUGACAAAUUAUCAAAUAAAUUACUCUAAUUUUACGGUUUAAACACUUUCGGAGAGCCUAAGUCUUCCAUCUCAAACACACGUGAGUUUAAACCGUAUAAUUAGUUUAAUGUUAGUAUGUCUCACGACAGUUAAAAUUCGAUUAUUGCCUUUAAAUAAAUUAUUGUAUUUUAAAUUGGCCAAAAAUUGUGGUGCUAUUUAUGAGAGUGAUAAAUAAAAAGGUUAUAAUUUA